AUGCAAAUUGUAAUUACAUGCUAGUUUAUCAAUGUAAAAUGUCAUAUGAAUAUUGAAAUGACAGUUUCCAGUGGUCUUUCGGGUUGUUUUCCUUUUUUUCUCUUUUCUUUGAGUGUUUGUUUUUUUCCACCUGAGUGUUUAAGCACACCUCCUCUUUGCAAUCACAUGGGAGAUGUGACCGCACCAUUCAAUCUCAAUCAUCUCUCACUCGCUCUGCGUACCCGAGUCACUUUCGCUGAGAGAUCUCUUUAACUAAAAGUGUUCCUUGAGAAUUUGUCUAUUUUAAGGAAGUCUCUACACCAGCACAGCACAACCUCUCACGCUGUCGUUUGGCAGAUGUUAAACGACGAUGUGUAAACAAUGGGCACUUUGUGUCGUCUCGCGUGAGAUCUGAAACAAGCUGCUUAUUUUCACCUGACCGCGCUUCACGGGAUUCUUAGAGAUGAAGAGGAGAGACAAGCUGAAAAUCCCCUCCCUCACUUUGGAUUUGUCACCCAGCCAGAGUCCCAUCAUCCUGAGUCCAUGCAGUCCAGGCAGCCCCUGCAGUCCUUUACAAUCCCUUCACCCCUGGAGCUGUCGCAGCAGUAAUAGAAAGAGCCUUGGGGUUGGAACGCCGUCGCCCACCCGCCCGCUUUCACCUCUGUCCGCCCACACAGCUGCCAGCAGCCCUCUGGACAGCCCACGAAAUGUGUCCACUGCUAUGUGCUCUCUCAACUUCCCUUUCGCCCGCAGAGCGGAAGGGAGACGGUGGUCUCUGGCUUCACUUCCAUCCUCAGGUUACGGGACCAACCCUCCCAGCUCAACGGUCUCAUCAUCAUCUUCAUCACAGGAACGCCUGCACCAGCUUCCAUACCAACCCACACAGGACGAGCUUCAUUUCCUGUUCAAACACUUCCGAAGUUCGGAGAGCAUGACUGAUGAAGAUGGGCGGCCCUCACCGUUUAUACGACCCCGGUCACGUAGCCUUAGCCCUGGACGAACUGGCGGCUCUUUUGAUCAUGAAAUCAUAAUGAUGAACCAUGUCUAUAAGGAGCGUUUUCCAAGGGCCACCGCUCAGAUGGAGGAGCGUUUGCUGGAAGUCAUCAGGCAGUUUUCUCCCGACAGCACCCUACCGUUGGGAGACGGCGUCCUGGGAUUUAUCCAGCACCAGUUGGUGGAGUUGGCCAGGGACUGUCUGGAUAAAUCCCAGAAGGGCCUGAUCACAUCCCUGUACUUCAUAGAGCUGCAGGAUAAACUGGAAAAAAUGCUGCAUGAGGCUCUGGAGCGCUCUGAGAGUGAGGAGGUUUCAGUGAUCACGCAGCUGGUGAAGAAGAUCCUCAUCAUUAUAUCACGGCCGGCACGACUGCUGGAGUGUCUGGAGUUCGACCCUGAGGAGUUUUACCAUCUACUAGAGGCUGCAGAAGGCCACGCCAAAGCCGGCCAGGGCAUCAAAACGGAUAUUCCCCGCUAUAUAAUCAACCAACUCGGACUCAACCGUGAUCCCCUUGAUGAAGUCGUGCAGCUCGAGGAGCAGUAUGACUCCGGCCCCACACUGACAGUCGAUUCGGAAGAAACCGCUGAACAGAAUAAAUCUUUACCCGCACCACUGCGAAGAAAACCCUUGGAGAGUGACUUUGAGACUAUAAAACUCAUCAGUAAUGGGGCUUAUGGGGCUGUGUAUCUGGUGAGGCAUAAAGAAACUCGGCAACGUUUUGCGAUGAAAAAGAUCAACCGACAAAACCUGAUUCUGCGGAACCAGAUCCAGCAGGUGUUUGUGGAGCGAGACAUCCUGACGUUUGCAGAGAAUCCCUUCGUGGUCAGCAUGUUCUGCUCCUUCGAGACCCGCAGACAUCUGUGCAUGGUCAUGGAGUACGUGGAAGGUGGCGACUGUGCCACUCUGCUGAAGAACAUGGGCCCACUUCCUGUGGAAAUGACCAGGAUGUACUUUGCAGAGACGGUUCUGGCGCUGGAGUACCUGCACAGUUACGGCAUCGUGCACCGAGAUCUCAAACCAGACAACCUCUUGAUCACUUCAAUGGGACACAUUAAACUCACUGACUUCGGGCUCUCCAAAAUCGGCCUCAUGAACAUGACAACCAAUCUGUACGAGGGCCACGUUGAGAAAGACACUCGGGAGUUUAUCGAUAAGCAGGUUUGUGGCACCCCGGAGUACAUUGCUCCUGAAGUGAUCUUGCGGCAGGGCUACGGGAAGCCUGUCGACUGGUGGGCCAUGGGCAUCAUCCUGUACGAGUUUCUGGUGGGAUGUGUGCCGUUCUUCGGAGACACCACGGAGGAGCUUUUUGGACAGGUUGUGAGUGAUGAGAUUAUCUGGCCAGAUGGAGAUGAUGCUCUUCCUGUAGAAACCCAGGACCUGAUCACACGAUUACUGAACCAAAACCCACAGGAGAGGCUUGGAAGAGGAGGGGCUUCAGAAGUCAAGCAGCAUCUGUUCUUCAGCGCUCUGGACUGGAACGGACUCCUGCGUCAGAAAGCUGAAUUCAUCCCUCAGCUGGAGGCUGAAGACGACACUAGUUAUUUUGACACUCGAUCUGAACGCUACCAUCAUUUAGCCUCUGAUGAGGAUGAUGAAACUAAUGAUGAAGAGUCUUCCUUAGAAAUACGACGGUUUUCCUCUUGGUCAAAUCGUUUCAGCAAGGUGUACAGCAGCACAGAGCACCUGGCGACCCCAUCCAACCUGAGUUUCUCCUCGGAUCGCAGUCACAGUGAGGAGAUGGAGGACGGGAGGGACACUCACUCACAUGGAGAGAUCCAGAGGCAGGCCUCCACUGGAGACAAGAGGCUCUCGGCUCAGAGGGCGAGUCUGCGCCCUCGCACUUCUUCCAGCUCCUCUCAGCCCGAGCGAGCUGUGAGCCCCCUAGUGGUGAGCAGCACACACAGCCUGGAGGCCAUGCCACGAUUCGCCCUCUCCACAGAUGAUGAGGCUGAAGUUGUGGUAUCCAACCUGCGACGAAUCAGACUACGUAGCAACAGCACAGGAACGAAACACUCGUCACCAAGGGAACAAGGGAGUCCGCAGUGCUUUGGAAACCAGCUGGAGACGCCUGACAGGCAGCGACUCUCACCGGGGCGCAAAGUCCCCAAAUCUGCCUCGGUGUCCACCCUCUCGCUCAUCAUCACUCCAGAUGACGGGAGUGGCAGCCUGCAGGCGCACUCCAUUUCCCCUCGGUCAUUUUCCUCUAAUCCAUCAUCCCGAGACUCCUCCCCCAACCGAGACCUGUCACUCAGCAUCAGUAGGCUCCGCCCCCCAAUCAUCAUCCACAGCUCUGGGAAGAAAUACGGCUUCACUUUGCAGACCAUUCGAGUGUACAUGGGGACCAGUGACAUCUACACCAUACACCACAUGGUCUCGGGCGUGGAGGAGAGCAGCCCCGCCCACGAGGCUGGACUGCGAGCAGGUGAUCUGAUCACUCAUGUGAACGGAGAGUCUGUGCAGGGUCUAGUGCACACAGAGAUGAUGGAGCUGCUUUUGAAGAGCGGUAACCAGGUGACCCUGCAGACUAUCGCACUGGAGGACACGUCUAUAAAGAUUGGGCCGGCACGCAAGCGCAGCUGUAAAGGAAAGAUGGCCCGCCGCUGUAAGAGGAGCAAAUGGAAAGACAGUCAGGACCGGAGGCGCAGCAUGCUGAAGAAGCUGUCCAAACAGAGCACCGUCAUGCACAGCAGCCGCAGUUUCUCCUCCGGCCUGCAUCACUCUGUGUCCUCCAGCGAGAGUCUGCCAGGCUCUCCCACCCACAGCCUGUCCUCCGGCCCCACAACACCCUGCCGGAGCCCCGUUCCAGACCACACCGCUGACGCCAGCCUGCCCCAGAACGCCUCUCCGUGCUCCAGCUCUCCGAGUUCACCGGCUGUCCAGAUGCGGCCCAGCUCUCUGCACGGCCUCGGCUCUAAACUAAGCAACCAGCGUUUCACUAAAGUGGGGAGACGGAAGUCCACCAGCAGUAUCCCGCCCUCGCCUCUGGCCUGCACCUCCUCGCCACAGGCCCUGUCCCCUCAGCGCUCCCCCUCUCCCUUACCCAGCAUCUCCAAAACCCUCCACUCCUUCCACGGCAAGACCCUCUCACCCCCCACCAUUAUUCGGCACGUGGUCCGACCCCGGAGUGCAGAACCUCCACGUUCCCCUCUGCUGAAGAGAGUCCAGUCUGCAGAGAAACUCUCAGGGGCUUUGUUUGCGGACAAAAAGCCCCACGCAACCCGCAGACACACACUGGAGGUCCCGCACUGCGAGGUGGACGUCCUGGGAGACGCAGAGGCGGAGGGGGCCUGUGGUGCGACUUAUACAGCGGAUCACAGCAGGCUGGGCGGGUACCUGUGUGCCCAGAGACUGAGGGACUGGCCCGGGGAGCGCAUGGAUCAGAUCGUCGUAAUGCGCAAGCUGAAUCUCUCCGAACGUCGAGAUUCCUUCAAGAAGCAAGAAGCUGUGCAGGAAGUGAGCUUCGACGAGCCUGAUGACAGGGCACCUCAGAUACCCGCUCAGUCGGCCACGUCCGCUGGCGCACGGCCCAAGCAGAUGAUGGGCGAGACGCAGUCGGAGGAGGAGUGCGUGGCGAGGAGGAAUCCGCUGGUUCCCCAGAUCGCUGUGCAAGGAUCAGAGAGCGAGGAAGCAGAUGACUGGAGGCUUUGCUCGGAUGAAGACGAGGAAGAGGCUGAAGAAAACGUGUCUCAGAAUCAGGGUGAACCUCGGGCCGACACAGACGGCCCACUCUCCUCAGCAGCUGCGCACAAAGCCGCCGAGACAAUCGCAGAUGCAGCGAAGCCGGAAAAGCAUCAGAGUCCAGAAAAAAGCAAACUGAAAGAGAGAUGAACGACUGAAGACUGUUACAUAUCCACAGGCUUCUCAACCCAACCGCUGAGAUGUUUGUUGCCACGCAGAAUUCAAACAAAAACCGAGUGGAGUAUUUUAUUAGCGUCUAAAUGGAGUUAAACUAGUCUUAUGCAGGGAAUAUUUAUGCUUUUUUAUUUAUCAUUUACACUGGAGAUGUAUUGUUGGCCAAAAAGAGAACUUAAUUGUUGCUAGUACAUUUUUCUCACCUUCUGUGAACCUGUUGAGGGAAAUUGAAUGAUUUGAUUUUUCUAUGAAAAUGUUCAAAUGCUUUCGAAUCCGUUUCAUCCUCCGAGCUUUUCAUUUUUGCACCGACUUUGUGUGCGAUUUUAUAAAAGCGACGAGUUCAAAUGAUAUUUGACUGGAAUUGUCGUGUGGGCCGUUUCAUGUAUUAUUUCACAAUCUCAAAUGGUUUCCAGAGCGUUUGAAAUGAUAUGCGCCAAGGGGAAAAAAAAGACUUGCUUGUGCUGAACAUUUGGGCUUUAACUGUAGAAAGAUUGGUCAGCGCGUCCCAAAAAACAACAAUAUUCAUGCAUCAAACCAAAUAGAUCGAUCAGUUUUAGAAAUUUGAUUCUAUUCAUUUUUUUUCUUUGAUUUUAAAGAUGAAUUUAGAUUUUAAAUAUUUUAAAUUAAAGGGAUCGUUCAGUCUUUUACUCUCCCUUAAGAAUUUGCAGAAGAAUUUUUGAAGACGGUCACCAUUGACUUUUUUCAAAAUAGCAUCUUUGUUCAACAGAAGAAAGGUUCGGAACGACGUGAGGGUGAAUAAAUUGACAGAUUUUCAUUUUUAGGUAUAAUGUCCCUUCAGAUCCCUUCCCUGACACGCUGUGCUUCAUGAUUAAGAUUUUCUUUUUCUCAUUUGAGUUUAUAAACCGAAUUCUUUUAACAUCCAAAAACCAAUCGUUAUACAUUCAAUUCUAAAGUAUAUUUCCACAGAGUUCCCACGAUUAUUUUUUACGUUCCUUUCAUUCAUCCCGUGCACUAACCAACCCCCACAGCUUUGCAUGUUCAACCUAAAUAAACUGUUAAAUGUUCACAGGUGCUCAUGGGCACCUCUGAAAUAUUCGUAGAAACCGUAAAGCACACAGUCACACACCUCAUGCGAACUGAAACUCAUGUGUGCACAGAUCACUGCGUAACCGAGCACGUUAUCACGAGUUUUCCAUGGACCGUUGGCCUGUCGGGAAUCCUCACAAGCUUUUGUACUUGGAAUAAUGUUUACAUUUUUAUAUAUUUACAUUUCUACUGUGCGAAGGGAUCUUUAUGGCCUGUUUUGAACGUAAUUACAAAUUUGUGCAGGACUGAAGUCAGUGGGUGGAGGCUUUAGCUAGAUUAUGGUUUUAAAGUUCGGUGUGAUGUCAUUGUUAAUAGGCAGAUCUCGCCAAUUUUGCACACGUCAGACUGUAUGUUUUUGUGUUCAUAUGCAUGACUCUCUUCCAAAACACUUUUUCUAAGUUGAAUGUCAUUAUUUGAAUCUAAUGGGACAGUGUUUUUAUCGCAUGAAGGUGCAACAGUUAUUUGGAUGUUGUCAGUCAGUCAGGACAGCACAUGUCUGACAGGUUCCACAUUUCUGUUAUAUUUUUGAAGUUUAUUGUUAAUUGUGACCUCUUUGUAACUUUUUUGCAUCAGGCUACUGAAAUCGUAAGCACUCUGUAUAAGACAAAUUUGUGUCAAUUUUAAUAGGCUGUUUUUCCGCCUGUCAGCUGACCGAUUGCAUGCUGCAUGAAUACACGGUUCACGUUGGCAUGGCAUCCUCAGUGUAAUAUGUUCAAUGGUCAAGUAUAGCCAAGCCUUUGAAUUACAGUAAUGUUAUUAAAAGCUUCAUGUUAUACAGAGCCUGUUGUGACAUUUUAUCCCUCUGUGAUCACAGACUUUAGUGGAUGAAGUGUUUGUUGUGUGGAUCAUGUUCAGGUGAGACGCCGGGUCACUAUCUGCCCUUAUAUUCACACUACAGCUUAACAGCACUGGAAAUGCAUCAUCUAUAUAUCCUGAUGUGCUGAUGGUUUCUUCCGUUUUUCCAGAAUUGUCAAGAAUUCUUGAUUAUUGGAAUGUGUUUGUAAAACAAACUAAAAAAAAAAUACUUUUGAUAAAUAUUUUUUUAAUGUUAUAACUGUUUGUCUGAUGUUUUGUAAUAAAUCAUUCACUGGUUAAGAGGGAA